AUGCUCGCUCGAUUCACCGUCCAGCUCGCCCUAGCCGUCGCCUGUGUCGGUAUCCUCCUUCCGUCCUCGCACGCCUGCCUCACCAAGUUGCUCACGGGCAACGGCUGCGAUUCGACCGACACGAGCACGACCUUGCUCGGUGGCGCGGUGGAUACGCCGUGUGACGAAGACACGUCCUCGAUCCUCUCUAGUGGCCUAUUCAGCGGGUUGACUAGCGGCCUCACGAGCAACGGCUUAGCCACCACCGCGGACGCUCCGUGCGAUGACGACACGUCUUCGAUCGUGUCCAGUGGGUUGACGAGCGGCUUGAGCGGCGGACUCGCUAGUGGUGACCUGAGCACGGGCACGGGCAUAAGCGGCGCCUGGCCCAGUGCGUCGACCUCCGUCUCAGGCGGAGCGACGUCCACCGGCGCUGCGACUCCGUGUCCUCCAUCAUCGAACGGAGUCUCCACCACUUCAGGCACUCAAGCGUCCACCUCGGCGACUGGUGCGUCCAACAGCGUGACAACCACGAGCAGCACCCCAUCAGCUGCGACUGGUACGUCGGCCACAGCGAGCGGCGCGGUGACUUCAACUGCAACUUCGACCGCCUCAACCCAGGCGACGCCGACUUCCAGCGCUGCAGACUCGACCACUUCUCAGACGGCGCAAGCUUCGGGCACCGCGGACCCAUCGACGAUCAAGACGGGCAUGUCCGCUGCCACCGCUGACCCUGCGACGAAAGCGGCCGCGUCGACUUCCACCACCCUCAGCUCGGCCGCGCAGAACCUCCGCCAGUAA